AGCAGAGAGAGAGAGAGAGCUGGUGGAAGUCAAACACUCAGCUCAUCCUGCUCCAAAGCUCUUAAAGCAGUUGGAGUUCUGCUCUUCACUUCACGGCUGCAUGCUGAUCUCCUGCCAUGAUUAAACUCUGCUGAGCUCCAGUUUAGGAUCCUGCACUCUUCUUCCUCUCCUCUUCUUCUUCUCUCCAGCUGCAUUUAGAUCAGACAGAGGAGAGACACACAGGCUGCUGCAGGGAGAUCUGAUCCGGAUCGUCCCUGAGCUGCGUUUUCUUUUUAUAAGGUGGAUUAUCAGAGGGGCAGGAUGUGGUGGCUGAGGUUGUUGAUUUUGGGAUUUUGGUCAGCUCUUGUGGUGCUUGGCACGACUGAAGAUAGCAAACCGGAGCAGAAGGAAGUCAGCAGGACCAAACGCAGAGGAAACACGGGACAGCUCGGCCUCAAGGGCCCGAAUGUGUGUGGAACACGACAACACUCCUACUGCUGUCCUGGGUGGAAAACUCUCACUGGAGGAAACCAGUGUAUUGUCCCAAUCUGCCGUAGUUCCUGUGGUGAUGGAUUUUGUUCCAGACCAAACAUGUGCACCUGCCCAACUGGACAGAUUGCUCCUUCCUGUGGCUCCAAAUCAGUUCAAAACUGUAAUAUUCGCUGUAUGAAUGGAGGAACGUGUGCAGAAGAUAGCUGUCUGUGUCAGAAAGGUUACACCGGAGCUCACUGCGGCCAGCCGGUGUGUGAGUCAGGAUGCUUGAAUGGAGGAAGGUGUGUUGCUCCAAACCGCUGUGUGUGUACAUACGGAUUCACCGGCGCUCAGUGUGAACGAGACUACCGGACAGGCCCGUGUUUUGCAGCAGUGAGUAAUCAGAUGUGUCAGGGGCAGAUAACAGGGAUAGUGUGCACGAAAACACUGUGCUGUGCCACGGUGGGUCGAGCCUGGGGUCAUCCCUGUGAACAAUGUCCUGCUCAGCCUCAGCCCUGCCGCAGGGGAUUCAUCCCAAACCACCGCACCGGAGCCUGCCAGGAUGUGGAUGAGUGCCAGGCCAUUCCUGGUCUGUGUCAGGGAGGAAAAUGCAUUAACACAGUGGGCUCGUUCGAGUGUAAAUGCCCUGCAGGACAUCGGUUCAACGAGAUCAGCCAGAAAUGUGAAGAUGUAGAUGAGUGUUCAGCAAUCCCCGGGUUGUGCAGCGGAGGCGAGUGCUCCAACACCAUCGGGAGCUACGUCUGUAGAUGUGCUGUGGGAUACGACAUGGCUCUGGAUGGAUCACGCUGCAUCGAUGCCCAUGCAGGAAUUUGUUAUGACAGCAUCCUAAAUAACCGCUGUGCAAACCAGAACUCCCAGCGUAUGACCAAGACCCAGUGCUGCUGCUCAAUGGGCCGCUGCUGGGCCAGAAAUGCCAACCCUGAGUUUUGCCCCAUCCAUGGAUCAGAGGAGUACCAGAUAUUGUGUCAGCAGGUCCAGCCUCUUGUUCCUGGUGGACCUGGCAUUGGCCCAUAUGUUCCUGGUGGACCUGGUAUUGGCCCAUAUAUUCCUGGUGGUCCUGGCACAGGCCCGUAUGUUCCAUACAUUCCAUAUGGUCCUGGUCCACAGGUUCCUGUUAUUUCUGUUCCACAACCUCCUGAACGUCCUGGACCAGUUGUUGUGCCACCAUUACGCGUCAUACCAGGUUUCCAGAACAUUUCAAACAUGUGUGAAGUUGUGAGAAACCUGUGUCUGAAUGGUCGCUGCAUUCCGGUUCCUGGGAGUUACCGCUGUGAGUGUAACAUGGGCUUCCGUCUUGAUGACCGUGGGGAGUGUAUUGAUGAAGAUGAGUGUGAUCGUAAUCCAUGUCUGCAUGGCCAGUGCAUAAACAUUCCAGGUUCUUAUUACUGUCAGUGUCCUGCUGGAUUUCAGACUACUGCCACCAGAACUGAGUGCAAAGAUCUGGAUGAGUGUGUAGCUAACGGACGUAUCUGCAAUAACGGACGCUGUGUGAACACAGAGGGAAGCUUCCACUGUGUGUGUAACGCUGGCUUUGAAAUCACUUCUGAUGGGAAGAACUGCCAAGAUAUGGACGAGUGUAAGAUUAGGAAUAUCUGUUUGAAUGGGAUGUGCAUCAACGAUGAUGGCAGCUUCAAGUGCAUCUGUAAAGCCGGGUUCCUGCUGGACGGCACUGGACGCUACUGCAUCGACAUUGAUGAGUGUGAGACUCCAGGAAUGUGUUUAAAUGGCCGUUGUGUGAACACUGAGGGAUCCUUCAGGUGUGAGUGUAUGCCUGGACUUGCUGUUGGUCUUGAUGGACGUACGUGUGUGGAUACACACAUGCGCAGUACGUGUUAUGGAGGCUAUAAGCGUGGUCAGUGUGUGCAGCCCUUCUUUGGAGCUCUGACAAAAUCUGAAUGUUGCUGCACGAGUACAGAAUAUGCCUUUGGAGAACCAUGCCAACCUUGCCCACCACAGACCUCAGCUGAGUUUGCUGCUCUGUGUCCUAGUGGAAUUGGUACCACCACCGAUGGCAGAGAUAUAAACGAAUGUGCACUGAAUCCUGAUAUCUGUCCAAAUGGAGAGUGUGAGAACAUGCUGAGUACCUACAAGUGUAACUGUAACCUGGGCUUUGAGGUGGACCGGUCGGGGAAAACCUGCGUAGAUGUUGAUGAAUGUGUGAGGAACAGGUUACUGUGUGAUAACGGGUUCUGCCGGAAUACCCCGGGCAGCUAUGUGUGCCAGUGCCCCAAAGGCUUUGAAUUCAAGCCUGAGACUGAAGUAUGUGAGGAUAUUGAUGAGUGUCUGUCCAAUCCCUGUGUGAAUGGAGACUGUAAGAACACUAUGGGCAGCUUCGCCUGUGAAUGUGGCACCGGCAGCAGUCUGGACUCCACAGGGACCCAGUGUAUUGAGACGAGUAAGAGUACAUGCUGGUUGAAGGUGGUGAACAAUAAGUGUGAGGUGAACAUUAACGGAGUGACGCUGAAAUCUGAAUGCUGCGCUACACUCGGAGCUGCCUGGGGGUCUCCAUGUAAACUGUGUGAAAAAGAUGCACAUUGCCCUAGAGGACACAUCCGAACCAAAGGAACAGUUUGUGAAGAUGUGAACGAGUGUGAGGUGUUUCCGGGUUUGUGUAUUAAUGGGAAGUGUGUGAACACGGCCGGGUCAUUUUUCUGUCAGUGUCCACCUGGAAUGACCAUUGAUGCAUCAGGGAGAAUCUGCAUCGAUCUACGUACAGAGCACUGUUAUCUGUCCCAUGAGGACGAGCGAUGCGGAGCUCAGAUCCCGGGCCGUCACCGUGUGGAUGCGUGCUGCUGUUCAGUGGGCGUGGCCUGGGGGCCGGAGUGUGACGAGUGUCCUGAGAAAGGUUCCACUGAAUAUAACCGCCUGUGUCCCCGGGGCCCGGGGUUCUCUCACCGUGGAGACUUUAUCAACGGAAAACCUUUCCUGAAAGAUAUAAAUGAGUGUAAGAUGAUCCACAACCUCUGCACUAAUGGAAAAUGCAGGAACACUAUCGGCAGUUUCCGCUGCAGGUGUAACAGCGGCUUUGACCUCGAUGCUGAUGAGAGGAACUGCACAGAUAUUGAUGAGUGUCGUAUCUCCCCUGACGUGUGUGGUCAUGGGACGUGUGUGAACACAGCGGGGGAUUUCGAGUGUGAGUGUUUCCCAGGUUAUGAAAGUGGAUUCAUGAUGAUGAAGAACUGCAUGGAUGUUGAUGAGUGUGAGAGAAACCCACUCCUGUGUCGUGGAGGUGUUUGUAGAAACACUGAGGGAAGUUUCCACUGCAUCUGUCCUCCAGGACAUGAAGUUUCUACUGAUGGAACCGCCUGCCUCGACAUUAAUGAGUGUGAGCUGAGUGAUAAACUCUGCAGAAAUGGACAGUGUGUGAAUAUGAUCGGACGCUACCAAUGUACCUGCAACACCGGCUACAAAUCCACAGAGGACCGACUGUCCUGUAUCGAUAUUGAUGAGUGUACUAUCCUGAAUGGUGGCUGUGAGACGACCUGCACCAACUCGGAGGGCAGCUAUGAGUGUAGCUGUCGCCGUGGAUAUGCUCUGAUGCCUGAUCAACGCAGCUGCACUGAUAUCGAUGAAUGUGAGGAGAGUCCAGAUGUCUGUGAUGGUGGUCAGUGCACCAACAUUCCAGGAGAGUUUCAGUGUCUCUGCUUUGAUGGUUACAUGGCCUCUGAAGAUAUGAAGACCUGCCUGGAUGUGGACGAGUGUGGACUGAACUCUAACAUCUGUCUGAAUGGGAAGUGUGAGAACACCAAAGGAUCUUUCAUCUGUCACUGUGAACUCGGCUACUCUGUCAGGAAGGGAACAACUGGCUGCACAGAUAUUAAUGAGUGUGAAAUCGGAGCUCAUAAUUGUGCCAGACACGCUACUUGCACCAACACAGCUGGAAGCUUCAAAUGCAGCUGUGGACCUGGAUGGAUCGGGAACGGGAUUGUCUGUACAGAUCUGGAUGAGUGCUCUAACGGAACACACCAGUGCAACCCAAACGCAGAGUGUAUGAACACCAUGGGAUCGUACCGCUGCAUGUGUAAGGAUGGAUUCGCUGGAGAUGGAUUUUACUGUACAGAUAUAGACGAGUGUGCGGAGAACGUGAAUCUGUGUGAGAAUGGUCACUGCCUGAAUGUCGCUGGAGCUUACCGCUGUGACUGUGACAUGGGCUUCAUCGUAACACCUGAUGGACAAGCGUGUGAAGACAUCGACGAGUGUUCUUUCGCUGAUAUCUGUGUGAACGGCCACUGUCGAAAUAUCCCGGGGUUGUUCAGGUGUGUGUGUCAAAUUGGCUAUGAGCUGGACCAGAGCGGUGGAAACUGUACAGAUGUAAACGAGUGUGCAGACCCCACCACGUGUAUCAGCGGCUUCUGCGUGAACACUCCGGGGAGCUACAUCUGUAACUGCCCCCCUGACUUCCAGCUCAAUCCCACAGGAGUAGGCUGUGUGGACACUCGUUCUGGGAAUUGCUAUCUGGACAUUCGUUUCCGUGGUGACGCCUCAGAGAGUUUGGACUGUUCCAAUGAGAUUGGUGUGGGGGUGUCCAAAGCCUCCUGCUGCUGCUCAUUAGGACAGGGCUGGGGAAAUCCAUGUGAGGGCUGUCCACCACUUAACUCCACUGGGUAUAAAAAUCUGUGUCCUGGCGGAGAGGGUUUCAGGCCCAACCCUAUUACAGUCAUAGUGGAGGACAUUGAUGAGUGUCAGGAGCUGCCCGGUCUGUGUCAGGGUGGAGUCUGCAUCAACACCUUUGGGAGUUUUCAGUGUGAUUGUCCAAAAGGCUUCGCUCUCAAUGAGGAUACUCGAGUGUGUGAAGAUGUGAAUGAAUGUGAGAAACCUGGGAUCUGUGGUCCAGGUCAGUGCUACAACACCAUUGGGAACUACACCUGCAUCUGUCCUCCAGAUUACAUGCAGGUUAAUGGAGGAAACAACUGCAUGGACAUGCGACGCAGUCUGUGUUACAGGAACUAUUACAUGGAGAAUGCUACGUGUGACGGCGAGCUCACGUUCAACAUGACAAAGAAAAUGUGUUGCUGUUCCUACAACAUCGGCCGAGCCUGGAACAAGCCAUGUGAACGGUGUCCUACACCCAGUACCAAUGAGUUUGCAAUUCUGUGUGGCAGCGAGAGGCCGGGAUACCAAAUCGAUAUCUACACUGGACAAGUGAUCGAUAUUGAUGAGUGCCAUGAGAUCCCCGGAGUGUGUGAGAAUGGAGUGUGUAUCAACCUGAUCGGCAGUUUCAGGUGUGAAUGUCCAAUGGGCUUUGUGUACAACGACAAACUGCUCAUCUGUGAAGAUAUUGAUGAGUGUCAGAAUGGACCUGUGUGUCAGCAGAAUGCAAGGUGUUUGAAUCUUGCAGGCAGCUAUCGCUGCGAGUGUGAGCAAGGAUACAGACUCACCCCCACUGGACUGUGUCUAGAUCGUAACGAGUGUGUAGAGAACCCUAAUGUGUGCAGUCCAGGUCAGUGUAUUGAUUUGGUUGGAGGAUAUCGGUGUCUCUGCCCCAACGGUUACAAACCAACCACGACCCCUGCCAUGUGCAUAGACGUGGACGAGUGUGAGAGACAGCCAUGUGGUAAUGGAACAUGUAAGAACACCAUCGGCUCCUACACCUGCCUCUGCUACCCAGGGUUCCAAUUGUCACACAACGAUGACUGCAUUGACACUGAUGAGUGUAGCACACAGACAGGAAUAUGUCGCAAUGGGAACUGUAUCAACACAAUCGGCUCCUUCACUUGUGUGUGUCGUGAUGGGUAUGAGCUGUCUUCAAACGGCCGUGUGUGUGUGGACAUUAACGAGUGUGAUAUAAAUCCUGGAACCUGUAGUCCAGGAACUUGCCACAACUUGGACGGCUCCUACAGGUGUAUCUGCCCCCCUGGGUAUUACCUCCAGGAUGAGAAGUGCGUAGAUAUUGAUGAUUGUGCUCAGACUCCUGAUAUCUGUAUCUUUGGGCAAUGCCAGAAUACAGCAGGAAGCUUCCGGUGCAUCUGUCCUGAAGGCUUCCAGCUCUCCUCGUCCGGGAGGAGGUGUGUGGAUAAGCGAGUGAGUUUUUGCUACACUAAGUUUGAGAACAGUCGUUGUUCAGCUCCGAAGCCUCUGAACACCACUAAAGGAGAAUGCUGCUGCAGUGCUAUGCCUGGUCAGGGAUGGGGAGACCCCUGUGACCUCUGCCCCAACAGGACCUCUAAUGAUUUCAGCAUGCUCUGCUACAGUACUGGACAGCCGUAUGGGACAGACGAUGGCCCUGAGGACACGGACGAGUGCAAAGACCCCAACAUCUGCCAUAAUGCUCAGUGUAUAAACACAGACGGCUCAUUCCGCUGUGACUGUCACAUCGGAUACACUCUGGACUCAUCAGGAGCAAACUGCACAGAUACAGACGAGUGCAGUGUGGGAAACCCCUGUGGGAAUGGAACCUGCACUAAUGUGAUUGGAGGAUUUGAGUGUGCAUGUGACGAGGGAUUCGAACCUGGACCCAUGAUGACAUGUGAAGAUGUUAAUGAGUGUUCCCAGAAUCCUUUGCUCUGCGCCUUCCGCUGCGUGAACACAUACGGCUCCUACGAGUGUAAAUGUCCUGCAGGAUACGUGCUCCGAGAAGAUCAAAGGAUGUGCAGAGACCAGGACGAGUGUGCAGACGGUCUGGACGACUGCAAGUCCAAAGGGAUGACCUGUAAGAACCUGAUCGGAACCUACAUGUGUAUCUGUCCAGACGGAUUCACCCGGAAACCAGGAGGAGAGGGCUGUAUGGACCUGAAUGAGUGUACAGCGAAGCCCCGUGUGUGUGAGCACGGUCGCUGUGAGAACACGGUGGGAAGCUACAGGUGCAGGUGUGACCAAGGAUUUGUACCCAGCUCCACACUUACAGAGUGUAUCGAUAAUCGUCAGGGCUUCUGUUUCACUGAGGUUCUGCAGACUUUGUGUCAGAUGGGUUCCUCCAACCGAGUGAGUGUGACCAAGUCCGAGUGCUGCUGUAAUGGAGGUCGUGGUUGGGGGUCAGACUGUGAAAUCUGUCCACUUCCUGGAACUACACAGUACAAAAAACUGUGUCCAUUUGGUCCUGGAUACACCACUGAUCAGCAGGAUAUUGAUGAGUGUAAGGUGAUGGGGAACCUGUGUAAGAACGGACGAUGUGUCAACACACUCGGCUCCUACAAGUGUGUCUGCAUCCUCGGAUACACGACCGACAUCACCAGCACCAUCUGCAUCGAUGUGGAUGAAUGUGCUCAGGCUCCUAAACCCUGCAACUUCAUCUGUAAGAACAUCGAGGGAGGAUAUGUGUGCUCCUGUCCACGGGGUUACAUCCUGCAGGAGGACCGCAAGAGCUGCAAAGAUCUGGAUGAAUGCUCCACUAAACAGCAUAACUGUCAGUUUUUGUGUGUGAACACUAUUGGAGGAUUCACCUGCAAGUGUCCACCAGGAUUCACACAACAUCACACAUCUUGCAUCGAUAAUAAUGAGUGUACAUCAGACCCAGGUCUAUGUGGUCCUAAUGGUGUGUGUCAGAACAGUCCUGGAAGCUUCAGCUGUGAGUGUCAGAGAGGAUUCUCACUGGACCAGGGAGGACAGCGCUGUGAAGAUGUUGAUGAGUGUGACGGUGAUCAUCGAUGUAAUCACGGCUGUCAGAAUCUGAUUGGUGGAUUCAGGUGUAGUUGUCCUCACGGCUACCUGCAGCACUACCAGUGGAACCAGUGUGUUGAUGAGAACGAGUGUCAGAGUGGACAGGUGUGUGGCGGUGCGUCGUGUCACAACACACUGGGCAGUUUCCGGUGUGUGUGUCCCAGCGGCUUCAUGUUCACGCAGACCAGCGGAGUGUGUGAGGACGUCAACGAGUGUUCCUCUCCACAGAACCCCUGCAACUACGGCUGCUCCAACACCGACGGUGGAUUUGUGUGUGUGUGUCCACCUGGAUACUACAGAGCCGGACAAGGGCACUGUGUAUCAGGUGUGGGCUUUAGCAGCAGUACUCCACCUGCAGUCGAUGAGGAGAACGCUCUCUCACCUGAAGCCUGUUAUGAGUGUAAGAUCAACGGGUACCCGAAGAAAGGCAGGAAACGACGCAGCAGCAACACAACUGAGGAACACAACACACAGGUCAAACAGGAAGUGAUUACUUCAGCCAGCGUGGAUGUUGAUGAUGUCAUUCAUUUUAACCUGAGCAUCAGUGAGCUAAGUGCUAAUGAUCACAUCAUGGAGUUCCUGCCAGCACUCUCCACACUCAAAAACCAUGUCCGCUAUGCUAUCGACUUCGGGAACGACGCCGGCCUCUUCAAACUCAACCAGAGGGGCGGAGUCAGCUUCCUGCAUGUCUCCAAAAACAAGCGCCACCACCUUCUGCCUGGAGUUUAUUAUUUACAAAUCAGCAGUGCUCCCGUGUAUGGAGAGAAGGAGCUGGAGGCGCUAGAGGACCAGAAGGAUAAAGACUACCUCAGUGGAGAACUGGGAGAAACGCUACACAUUAAACUACAGAUCGACUUGCAUUAGCUUCGUACCAAGGAAACCAUCGAAGAGGACUCUUAUUUACUUAAGCCUAAGAUCUCCACCUCAGAGGUCCGAUCUCUCCACAGCAUCUCUCAGAAAUAAGCCUAACAGUAAUAACACUAUCUACAUUCAACAGAACUGAAAGCUGCAGCGUCAAAGUGUUUCUCUGAUCCAACACACACUCUGAAUUACAGCAUAGUCUCUGCUGUGCCCUUGUCCACUUCCCCUGUCCACAUAAGUGCUCGCUCUCAGCAAGCAGCAUGUAGCUGAAGCUAUUUUCUCUCAGAUUCAACAGUUUCCUUCAUAACCUGUGCACUCACUCUGGAUGCUAAUGUUCUAAUGGGAUUAUAAGCUAAUAGAAUAAAGCUAGCUAGCAUGGUUAAUCCAUUAAGCUAUUGCUUGGUGGCGAUUAACUGCAAGGGUAAAAACUGCUAACCAGCUUGCAUGCUAAGUUGCAUUGCAACUAGCUAAUAGAGUGAACCUGACUUUGCUUGAUGGCUAAUCAGUAGCAUGCAGAUUAAAUGUCGCUCAAUCCCUUUAACUGGACAGUUGCCUGUGUUUAUAGCAAUUACCCAAUAUUUUAAUCAGUUAACAGAGUAAAAUGUGCUAACUAGCCUGCUUGCUAAUUAGCUAAUGUGCUAACUUGCUAGUAGAAGGUACAGAUGGAUGAGCACAAAGAACAAAACCUAAUAAAAGCCCAAGACCUCUUAGCUUCACCAUUCUAAAAAGAAAACCUUUUAAGAUUGCAGCAAUGCUUUCUGGGUAAGUUGGGGUCCUGCAGACUAGCGUGGUCAACUCCAUCACAGAGCAGGACUGGUAUAGCUAAGGGGACUAGGUCAAAGGGAAAGUGGACAAGGGCAGAUAAAAACAGUAUUGAAACAGUCACGAAGUUAAUUGUGUUUGAGCAGGAGACAGAAAUAUCAUUUACUAAAUCAAUCAUCUGACCAAAUCUGUGUUUCUGACCACUUUAAAUUUAAAGCUUAAAAGUAACAUUUCAGUCAAAAAUAAAAGUCCACAUUUCCUCUUUAUCCUGAAUGUAGCUGUAUGUUAGAGGUUUGAUGGAUUAGUUUGUUCUGGAGUUUGGAGGCUUUAAAGUGCAGCGAACACAUGAACCCUACAGCCACAUGAGCCAUGUGAAAGAAGCUCCUCCUCCUCUUCCUCCUCUUAGCUGCACUCCAUUUCAGCAGCACCUUCCUUCAUUCUAUGAGAUCUAAUGUGAGAUGCUGCACUCCAUUAAAGUGAGUUCUUCUGGUCCUGUUGUGACAUGGAAAAGUGCAACAGAGUGAUUAUUCCACUCGGAAUUCCCAAGUCAGGAACUCAGAGUUGAACAUCUCAGCAGCGAGGCAGCACUCAGUCACCACAUUACAUUAUUUUUACUGGGUAAUCCUCCAUUUUAUUUGAUAGCAGCUUUGAAUUAUGAAAAUGUUAACUUCAGCCCAGUUUUACUAACACCAUCAGACCAGUGACAUGUUUUUAUCAUCAAGCAGAGAUCAAGAUUAGUUGAGCUACUUAGCCAUCUCAAAUUGUGCAGAAAUAAGUCAUGUAAUUCUUCUGAAGAUCCAGAAACCAGCUUCACAAACAUCAUCUCUGAGGCCAUGAUUUUCUGAGCUGUACAUGUUUAGACCUGAACUGAAAAACACGAGUGGGAACGAUGGAUUCCAGCAUUCAUUCCUAAACCACUGUUUGAUUCAAAAAUUGAAGAAAAGCUUCAAAAAGUAACUGUGAUUUCAUCUCGACCACACGUGACCACACAUGACCACACAUGACCACACGUGACCACACGUGACCACACGUGACCACACAUGACCACACAUGACCACACGUGACCAGUCAUUUUACUGUGUACAGAGACAGUAGGGAGAGAAAUGAAGCGUGGAAGGAAGCAGCAAAGACGGAAGGUGCCUCUGGACAAUGUACACAUUAACACACCAUUUGUGUUUAACUAGUUAGCUUCAGGAGCUCUAGAUCAUGUGUCUCUUAAUGGGGCUAAUAAAUGAGUGGCUCAUCACAUGUGAACACGGUAAAGGAAGCCUCCGGUUUGUCAAGUGGUUCAGUAUGACAAACGAAUUUUACAUAUUCUGGCUAAAGGGGAAAAUUGUGUGCUGUUUAUUUUCAGCUGAAGUGUUGCUUUGUUUAUGUUUGGGUUCCAUUGUGGUGAUACAGGACUCUGCUUCUUUCAUUUCUGCACUGUCUAUCCUAGCUCAGUGUUUUAAUCGUAUUUACUGGUGCUAAUAACACAUCAACAUUAGAGUUAUGAAUGCACUGCAAACUGUCAAACUGAUGCCACUUAAUGCCUUUCGCUACUCUGCGCAGUACGUGUGUAUUACUGUAACCAUGCCACGUUUAACCUGGGGAUCUCUUAUAAACACAUGUAUAGUGCCCUGGACUGAAGGGCUCACCAUGGUGCUCAUUAUAAAGACCAACUACUUUUUUAUUCUGAUUUUGUGUAACUGUACAUUUCACCUUUCAGAGAAAGAAAGAAAAAGAAAGAAAGAUAAAAGAAAGACAGACUACUGCACUGAGGCCUUUCAGGCCAAAAAAAAAAAAAACACACACUCUCAAUAUAGUCAGUGCCUUCAGAGACACCACCAUCAUUCAGUGUUCACAUCGACGAGGAGUUUAGGUGUAAAUUCACAAUAAAAGAAUGUCUUGGUUUUAACAGGGUACCCGAGUCACUCCUUUCCCCCCCCCCUGAAAUCUUUCUGGAACAGUGCUGCUAAGUUCUUGAUUGUGAUUGGUCAGAAGGUAUUGUUGACAUUUCUCCAACAGCAGCUCUGACCAUAGCACAGCUGGACAUCACGGGUUCAUAUCGUUUCUAUAGCAACAGCCGAUUCACCUUGUGGACUUUCCACAUAAUGAAGUGUGUUUAUGUAACAUGAAGGAGUCUCCAGUGUCAGCACUCAUGAAGCUGGAAAACGUUUUCCCCACAUCUUCAGGAGAAGAACCAACUUAGAGAAAAAUGACCCAUUGUAGCUAGAGAAAUAAACCUGUUUCACAAACAUCCCACAACAUUAAAGUGUAACUGGAUAAAAUUAAUGGGAAUAAAUUGUACUGUGGUAAACUGCUACACCUUCAGUAACUCCA